AUGCAAGCCACCAGGAUCGGUUCAAUCUGGGAGCUAUUCCAGACACAGCUCCGAAUGCAGUUCGACGAGCAGUUACUCAGGUUAGACGAAGUCACCGCACAAAUACAACAGGCAUGUGAGAGUCUGCCUGAACCAGAGCGAUAUGAGGCGUUUUGUGAUGAAUUUCAAAGUGAGCUUCAACAUUCGGUAGAGCGCAUCCAGAACUUGCGAGAACGCGGAGCACGACCCCUUGCUAGCUCUCAAAUCCGAAGAGCCUCUAUAGGGAGAUUUGCAACUCUCCAACAGUCGUCAGGAGACAUGGAUGAAGGCCUCGAGGGAGCUAAGUUUCGGGCCAUUUCCAGGAGGCACUGUCUAUCAACCAUCUUGGAGGAGGAAGGGGCCAUGUCUUAG